AUGGAUGAACCGUUACAUGUCAUUGAGGUGAAUGGAAGCAAGAUUUUUUUCAACCUGUUACUCUACGCUCUCUUGGCCUUUGCAUCCAGCUUGGCCAUUUGCCUGGAAGACAGUGCAGCUUUCCAGUCAACUGCCCUCAAGACUUCACAGUUCUUGCAUGGAAUGGGUUACACUCAGUUUCCGUGGACUUUUGUGGUUGCAUUACAGCGCCGGCUCAUGGAAAUGGGCUUGUGGCCCUCGUCAUACAAAGAGCCGAAAUCUGCUGCCACCGUUCAACUUCUGAGGAAUUUUCAGAUUACCAACCUUCAUUGCCAGACGCCAUCCACGGAGUUUUAUGAAGUUUUGGAAUUUAUCAGCGAUGGAACUGGCCUUCAAAAACUUCCGGAACGGGAAGCGCAGUGGAUGACAAUGUUACGCCAGUACCGCAACAUCAAAACAGCCAAACGCUGUGGUCGAGGCCACGAUACCAAAGGAAUCAAGGGUACUUCUUAUGGUGAAGCUGCAGUACCGUGUCGGGCGUGCCCUCAUCUGGAGCGUAAUCUUCCAGCAGGUUGGGACAAAGUAUCAGCAGAUGACCAAUUUCUCUAUGCACUCUACCUCUGCAAGGACGCCAACUUUGGGCAGAAAGCAAGAGCCAGACCUAACGAUGAUCGGGACCCUUCUCUAAGCCCAGGUUGGGGCUGUUUCGUUCUGAAUGACCUGUACAUGGCGGAAGUCAGCAAGCGGGCCACUCAGGAAGAGAUAAGCCACUGUGUCGGUUUCAAGGCAAUAUCCACAGCCAACACAAAAAAGACAAAGGGAUUAUGUGCAACUGGAAUCAGUGCAGUUAGUUGUGCGAGACAUGAGACCUUCCGUCCUAACGGUAUAGGUGACUUGCAAGUCGGUGAACGAUACAUCAAUAUGGACUUUCUUGCGUUAUUUAUGCUCAUUGGUUGCGGCUUGUCGUUGGUGUUCUUCUCUUAUGACAUUGCCUGCCAAUGGGUUGUCAACUUCCGGUCACGGAUGGCUCAAUUUCCCGAGCACAUGCAUCUCCCCAACUCGUUGAAGCUCAUAUUCAAGGUCCCGAAAUUUUACCUCAUUGCUCAUGCACGCAAGUGCCUCGCCAAGUUUUCGUUCAAUUACACGGAGGGGGCCGCUAAAACAGAUGGCGAAGGAAUCGAAUGGAAUUGGUCGUGGCUAAAUGCUUGUUCGCGAUCCCUAUCGAUGAUGAAAGCCGGCGCGCGAUGGGACAUGCUGGAUGACUUCACAAACUUCUGGAAUUGGCGGAAAACCAUAAAUCUAGAAACUUCCCUCGUCAAGAAGCUGGUUAAAGCCAUUCCAGAAGCAGUCGUUAAUGCCCACGCAUUUACAGCAUUUACGGACGCACUACAGGACGACCACACGAAGGAUCUGCUUAUCUGGCAGGACCAGGUUGUGCAAUGGGAACAGGGUCUGUCGAACUUCUGUCCGUAUGACAUGCGUGAAGAAACACUCACACUGGCCCAGGUGAAGAAGGAGCUCACCGAGGAGGAGCAUCAACAAGAGGUGACUGGCAUGAAUACCUCAAUAUCAACGUUGAGUGGUCUAGUGAUUGAAGGGUUGGAGAUUGAGGAACUUCAGUAUGUGCUUUUGGUUCGAUGA